AUCCAGCCCGGUUUGGUGAAGAUGGCGGCGGUAACGCUGGGUGAGGAGCGGAGCUUUGGGCUGUCCUGUGAGAAACUGAACCCGGGAGCGCGGCUCUCGCUGUUUCAUGUCAAACUGACGGACACCGCCGUUAGGGCGCUCGAGGCUUAUCGUCGGCUGGCGGUUAGUGAGCGCGCGCCCCGCGGGCGGCAGGGGGCAGAGAGAGCUUCCUUACCGAAUCAACCAGUAAUCUGCUUCCAGGGAAAUCAGGGGCAGUACAUCAAAAUUCCUGCUCCUAAAUCAGACUGCCAUGAUGGUGUGCGAUGUUUUUCAUUCUACUUGUCAACCGACAGCAAGGACAAGCCGCAAGCAAGUUUUGACUGUAUACACCAGUAUGUUUCAAGUUUCGAAAAAGAUCAACUUGACUGCCUGGGGAGUAUUCAGGAUAAAAUCACAGUUUGUGCCACUGAUGACUCUUACCAGAUGACUCGAGAACGGGUGUCACAAGUAGAAAAGGAGUCAUGGAGUCGAACAACUAUAGAAAUUAAACCAGACUCAUCAUGUCAAGGUGUGCGAAAGCCAGUCCAUUUUCGAAAGCAAACAGUAAGUCCUGCUGGAGAUGGCAUUCCACUUCGAAAACCCUCUCCUACCAUGAAUCCAAGCUUUGGAAUGAAGAAAAACUGUAUCAGUACAGUUACCCAAAGACCUCUUAAAGAUCGCCUCAUCCAUCUUUUAGCUUUGAAGCCCUAUAAAAAGCCUGAGCUGCUUCUAUGGUUGGAGAGAGAGAAAGCAAAUCCGAAGGACAAAACGGAACUGUCUUCUGUAUUGGAGCAGGUAGCAAAGGUAAAUGUAAAGGACAACAACAGCUAUACACUAAAAGAUGAGCUCUACAAGGAAAUUCAACAGGAUUGGCCUGGUUAUAGUGAUGAAGAAAAACAGUUGAUUCGAAGACACCUAAUAAGGUUGACAUUCAUGAAGCGGCAACCAUCUCAUUCCAGUCAGACCAAGAGUUCACAACUCAGUUCUCCAUUCCAGAAGUCCUCAGGGGAAUCUUCACCACAAUCCAGCCCUGUCAAGAAUGCUUUAAUGAAAAGACCAGUGCCUUUGGAGCGGAUAGAUUCGCACACAAACAAAAGAAGUAAAGUAUUCCAGUCCAAGGAUCAUCUGCAGCUUGUUUCAAAUGGACAACAUCCUCGUUCAGUAUGCCUUACUGCCACAGCAAAUUCCUGUGUAACUGUUAAAACCGAGUUCCAGCAGACCCACACUUCGCUGCCUGGGUGUCCAAAUGAGUUUAAUGAAACAUUUAAAAAGUGCAACAAUUCUUCAAAAAGUGACUUAAGCAGAAGUGACACAGAAUUCAAAAGCAAAAGGGAUACUACUGGUAACCCUAGGAACCAGGUUGCACAGGCGAGUUUAGAACAGACAGCUUAUCCUCUGAGAGAGAGUGCGGAGCUCUCUGCUAGUCACUAUAAAAAAAAAUCUAAAAAACACAAAGAAAAUGUGAGAGAACAUACAAGAUCUGAAGUAAGAACGUGGCGAAAAGAAAGUCCAAUACAUCAGGUUGGAAAACUGCAUGAAGAGACUAACGAAGAGCAUGAAACCACAAAUACAUCUGCAACCGCUAGUUCAACAGUGGAAAUGCCUGACUAUUUAUUAAAGUACACUGCAAUUACAUCUUUAGAAUUGUACCAGAAUUAUCGGAAUGACUUCAAUGCAGAAUACAGUGAAUAUAGGGAUCUUCAUGCAAAAAUUGGAAGUGUAACUGAGCGGUUCAUGCAGUUGGGAUCAAAAAUCAAAACACUUAGCCCGGGAACAGAGGAUUACAAGAUGGUGGAGGACCAAAUAUUUGAGGAAUAUAGGAAAUUUAAAAAGACCCAUCCCACAUAUCAGGAAGAGAAGGUUCGCUGUGAGUACCUACACCGGAAGCUAUCGCACAUCAAACAGUUAAUAUUGGAAUUUGACCCAAACCAGAUGUCAUGACGAUGUUCACUGCCAAGACUUCCUUUUCUUAAACAUUAAGACCAACUUAGUUGCUUCUGGAUACAAUACAAGAGAACUUAUUUGUCUGGAUGACAAUUUUUAGCUUUUUUUAUAUAAAGAAAUUUUUUGACAGUUGCAGUUUGACCAUUGAAAGCGAUACAAUCUGCCAUUGAAGGACUGAGGGUCUCCGUGCUCAUGACAAGGUUUGACUACCUGUGAUUAACAAUGUGAACUGAGCCAGAAACUGCACGUUGUUUAUACGAUUUUUGCAGUGUAUCUAUGUACUACAUACCAAAUCUUAAUGCUAGAAAAUAAUGCUGUCUUAGUAUUUUGGCAAAUGUUUAUCUCCUCUAAGAUGCCUUAAUAUGAAUUUAAAAUGUUAGUCUGCCUUGCAUUUUAGUGGGGCCAAUCUUUAUAUGCAGCAUGCAUUUCUGAUCAUAAAUUCACCAACUAAGGUUACAGUCUCAUACAUUAAUAGGUUCAGGUGACAUCAUUGUGAUACCUAAGACAAAAGUACCCAGCUUUAGCAGUAAUACUGCCUUAAGGUGUUUCAACUUGGAAAUAACACUAGUAUGUGUUUUCUAGUGACUUUUGCUUUGGCUCACUUUGCUUUUAAGCCAGUCAGAAAUGAUUUAUCGUCAUUUGAUCCCAGGUAAUACAAUCCGUGUCAAAUAAAUAUCUUUUAGUUAGAAUAAAUAUAUUCUUCCAAGAUUGCUUACAAACCUUUUAUGAGGAAAAAAAAAGUGCUAUGGGUCACAUUUUACUCUGUAUGGAUGUUUUUGUAUUUAAUUAUCAAUAUUCUCAGAAAAAAAAUAGAUUUUAAAUUCAAGAAAAUUUAAAGCCCAAUUUGGCCAAGAUUUAUUACAAAGAAUAUUGUAACAUCUUCAGAUUGUAUGACUGGUGUACAAUGUUUUUGAUAUAGGAUUUCCUGUAUAUUUCACGCUGUGAAAAUGUGUUAUCUAUACUCAUUUAAGCUGCUGCAUCCUUGUUCAUCAGUCCAUACACCUGAUCUAUGUCUAAAAUAAUUUAUUGCUUGAAUGUUUUGCCUUUUUUUUGUUUGCACAAUCAAAGCAGAAUGAUUUUAAAAUGUAGGUGCCUGAGCUAAAUAUAAACUUUACAGGAUGUAUGUAACAAUACAUAAAAUGGCAGAGAUAUUCACUGGAAGGAAUUGCGUACCAUCUUUAUCACUCUGUGUAAGACCCUAGCGUGAUCAUGACUCCUCCCUCUUUCAUUGUAGCUAGAGCUUCGACUGUAUCAUUAUUUAUGUCACCAAGCAGCAUGCACGUGAAAUCAAACGUGGCUGGUGUGCUCUACAAUAGUUUGAGUGGUGAAAUGAUCAUAAAUAACCAUGCUGUGUGAACUGUAUCCUCUGUGGUUGAAUUGUGUUGGUAGAUGUGUACUCUACCACUGAAAUCGCAUUUCAAUGAAUGAGAACCAUUCUGAUAUUGUUCCUAUAAAUUUGAUGAUGGUAUUGCUGAAUGUUUGAUAUGAAAGCAUUUCUGGGGUUUUGACAAUGAUGUUAUUGCAGGUGGGGGAAUUGAGAACUUGUUAUCCCUAGCCAAAAGAUCUUGGUUAGAUUAAUCCUGUAGAAUGUUGACAUGGUGUAAAAUAACAGCUUUCCAUGCAAUGUCUGAUUUAACAUUUUGUCAGGCCAAUGACUUCAGUUACAUGAAUUUCCAAAGUUCUAAAUUCUUGUUGCUGUUUUGCAUUACUGAAAUCUGAUAACCAUUUUUAAGGACAGGAAUUGACCAGUUCCAUUUUCAACCUUGUUUAGCCUUGUUGAGUCUUGUUUCUGUAAAUUAUGGAUUAUGAUCGGAGGUUGAAGUUGGCUUUUACCAUGUAAAAAUUGACUAGCAGCAGUGUCAUGUUGCAUGGAUAUUCUUUCCAGGCAUAUCUGUGCAAAUAAUUCCUGUUUUCAGGUACUACUUAGUUACCAGUUUUAAUUGGAUUUUCAGAGGUAUGCUUAACCCUGAACUUCUGGUUUGAAAUUGUUGUUUGUGUAAUUGCCAUCACCCUUAGUUUUAUUACCAACUUCAUCUCAUUUCUUGGUUCUUCCUUUGUCCGUGUCUCAUUUUCUUUUCAUUGUCCAUCUCUUGCCAAAUGGCACUUCACACAAAUGAAUCCCCAUGUUUACAUGUGAACUACAUUUGACCUGCACUGUCCUGAGCUGAAAAAAAAUAAUAAAAAUACUGGAACAGAUACAGGACACAUUGGAAACAGUCAGCAUUUAUGAGAACACGAGUUAACAUUUGGAAUCUAGGAUGCCUAAAACCUCAAGCCUUGUGUUCACUCUGCAGAUACUGCCUUACCUCCUGAGUUUGUCUCUAAUGUUUGAUUGGUUGUUCAUAAACGUUAUUGUUUUGUUAAAUGUUGUACGUAACUCGAUUUGACAUAGAAAUAGUUGCAAAUCUGCAAACAUCCUUUUUUAUUAAGGGUUUUAUGUGCAUGUCUUUCUGAAAAAGAAACUAAUUUAAGCCUAUUGUUUUCAAAUGUAUUUGAGGAUCUAGAAUUUCAUGAUGUACUGAAAAACUUUUGAUCUUUAUUUAAGCUAUUUAUUUACUUCCAGAACUUCGUUAGGUGAAAUAAUUUGACUUGCAGUACACAAACUUCCAAAUGUUUUGGUGUGCUUUCUUAAUAUUAGAAAUCACAUGGUUAGCUCUGACUUUUUUGUGAUAGAUUGCAGUGUGUAUGAGGAUUAGUGCUAUGAUCCAGCAGCACUGUAGCCAUGACUAACCUGACCUUGCAAGUGCCGAAUUAGGUCUAUGGUUUGUAUGUGUUUUCCAGUGGCUACGUGCCAUAAUAUGGCUAAUAAUUUGGCUUAUUGAAAAAGUAUCUCUGAAUGAUGGCACUGGCCAAAAUUGCCUUCUGCCAAGCCAUUGACAUAUUUUGACCAUAUCAUAAAGAACUCCACAUUUGUUAAAAAGCCGUUUACAUUUUGGGAAUUUUAUGUUGUUAAAUUCAAUUGUCCUCCUUGUAUCUCCUUGUUCUGCACUAUGUGAAUGUCAACUCUACUGAAGCAUUUUGCUGCAAGUUGAGUUCAGUUUGUAACAGCAGAGAAUUAUUUGAGGAAUCCAUUAAAAUUGAGCCCUAUGUUACCA